UUUCCCAUGCAUAUCGAAACCAGGAAAUUGUCGUCGACAUAUCUUUGCUCUCGCAACUGCGUUUUAUAAUGUUUCAUGAUAAUCCGAAGAUACAGGUGUCAAUAUAAACAAUCCCUUAGCCUGUCAACACCGUGGCAACUGUAGAGAGGACGGAUACAGAUUUGAUUUUUAUACUGAAACGAACAGGAUAUGGGUCAGCUGUGACUGCUGUUGAACAAUGGAAGAAGUUCAGAGAGAGGCUCUGAGACGGAGCCGAGUCUUCCUGGUGACCAAUCUAAUGCCCAACACUCUGUGGGACCACCUGGUUGAAAAAGGUGUCUUCACAGACAUGAUGUUGGAAUAUAUCAAGUGCAAAACCCCCAGAAGUGAGCAGGUCCGAACUCUCCUGUCGGACUUGAACCGCCGACACCGAGGGGCAUACAGUGCUUUCCUGGAAUGUUUGGAGGAAACGGGUCACGAACACUGUGCCCAACACAUACGCGGCCAUGAAAUGAAAUAUCGUGUUGAGAAAGGGCUCGCUCCGGUAAUGCAGGAGACGAGCUCAAACACCAGCAGUGAGCAGGCGCCUUCUGGGAUGAUUGUCGGUCAGACGGCCCAAGUGGUGACAACUUCGCCUCAUACGCAGCCCGUUGAUGACGAUGAAGAUGUGGAGAUGCUAUUACAGGACAAUCCUCAGUCGUCCACAUCUCAAUCAAGCUCAAGUGAACCUCCAUCCAUACCUCUGCAUGGCUACACCUACCACAGGCGUUAUACCACUGAUGAAGUUUACAACAUGGACAGCACUCCACGUGGUCAUGUGUUCAUCAUCAACAACUGCAAGUUUGACUACUUGGCUGAAAGAACAGGAACACACAGAGAUGCACAAAACGUGAAAACUAUGUUUGAGGAACUAGGAUUUGAAGUCAACAUUUUACAUGAUUUAACAGCUGAGAUGAUGAGGAUCAGGCUGAGAGAAUUUGCGAGGAAAUGUCCCUGGAACCAAGUUGAUUCUUGUGUGGUGGUGAUUCUGACUCACGGCAGUGACGCCCAGCGGAUGUAUGGCACCGAUGGGAACUUUGACAAUUACAACUUCAUCACUAAUAGAGAUCUUUUUGACAUAUAUGGUAGCAGCAACUGCCCUGGCCUACAAGGGAAACCGAAGUUCUUUCUGAUACAAGCUUGCCGGGGAUCGGAAGAAGACUUGGGCUGUGUUAGUCUCUCCCCCACAAGGCAUUCUAUACAGGAAACCACUGAAACAGAUAUCAUGGCUGAACAGGGCGAUGCCUUCGCGGAAACCGAUCGACCAGAUGGACGUAGCCUGGGCUUGCUGUCUCUCCCGUCCUUCUCCGACAUGAUCAUUGCUCAUUCCAGCGUAGCAGGGUUCGUAUCGUACAGGAAUACAGAGCACGGGAGCUAUUUCAUAAGUUCGGUGGUGGAGGUGUUCAGGAACUUUGCAGACAAGUGUGAUAUUAACGACAUGCUCACAAAGGUUAACAGGAAGAUCGCUGAGAACUUCCAGACGGAGGACGGCAAGAAGAUGAUGCCAGCCUCCACAAACCAGCUGCUCAAGAAGUGGUUCCUCAAUCCCCAGAUCCGACAGGCGCCGCGAUAAGAGUGUCUGGUUGAAAGAUGUUCUUAAGGAUUUGUGUGAAGAGAAAGAGAGAAAAUAUGAGAUGUGUUUGGUCAGAACUAUUGAUUGAUUAUCAAAUCCCUGAAAAUAAUUUGUAAUUAAGACUGCUUUGAGGGGUUUUGUGUCAAAUCAUGCUAAUAAGAUAUGUAAAUCAAUAGAUUCAUAUGAGAAUUCACACGUUUCUAGGGUAACAUGGUCACAUAAUAACACAUACAUAACUAAUAGGGCUGGGACGGGUAACUCUGGUACUCGGAUGGGGUGGGUACUGAGUAGGACCCGGGUACCCACAGGACUACCCAGACCAAAGGUUAGUCACGUGAUAUAGUGUUAAAUGGCAAAAAUUGUCCGCAUUUCUUUCUGAUUUUAUAAAUUUGAAUAGAGAUAAAAGGUUAUGCAAGACCAGAUCGUUUUAUACGAGUAUCUGAAGACAUUUUGCCAGGGCUAUGGUCAAAAUAUUCCCAAUCGGACAAUUGUACCUAUCUCUUGACACCAACAGCGGGUACCCGGGUAGGGUUGGGUAAUAGGGGGGUAGGUACCCUGGUAGUAAAUUUAGACUCAUCCCAGCCCUAAUAAUUAGCCUAUCAGAUGCAAGCACAGAUAAUGUAUAGGAGAAAAAGUAUGUCAAAAACUGAAAUUUAGCUGUCAGUGCUAACAGGAUGUUUUAGUGUUCCAAUAGAUCAAUACCAUGCUGGGUCGCCGACGGUAAAGACAUGAGCAAAUAUUUGUACAGUACAAACAUUAGAACAAGGAAAUAUUUUGUUUACAGAUUUUAUAAUCAAUGUGCCACAAGUCAAGAAACCAAGAAAAUAUGAGAUUUGAUGAAACUCUCGUUUUUAUCAAUUUAGAAUUUAGGAUGGGUUGAUCAACAAAAAAACAAAAACGAAAUUGGUCCUUCCAUGUGAAGUGAGCUGCAGUACCUCGUGGCUUUAUAUGUUUGUCAGUGUUUUGAUUUUUAUACUUUAUCUAUUAAAACCACCUUUUAAUUUUUAGAGGUUUUGGAAAAUGUUUGAACAUGAACAAGUCUUUGAGUUUCAGUGAUUCAUUGAUUGAGGUAGAGACACUUGCUUUAGACCUUUAAGAACUGAGGCAGGACUUAUAUGUGUCAAAAAGACAAAAGAUCACUUUUAUGGUCAGUAAGUGUUUUUAAAUGUUUAACAAUUAUACCGUAUUCCACGUAAUAAGCGCCCUGCUCUAAUAAGCGCCCACGGCGAUAUUUGCUAAUAUAUUGGCGAGUGAACAAUCCCAGUUAGCACCCCUUCCGAU